CUCCUCUCCCCGCCCUGGCCGCGAUCCUUCCCUCGGCGGAGAGGCUCUGUGUGGGGUUCGGGCAGUGCGCCCAGGGUACUGCGCAGAGCGCUGCCCGCGCGGUGCCAGCCCUGUAAGUCGAGUCGCCAGCGGGGAGGACGCGGCGCGGGCAGCGGCGGAGUUGGAAGCCGGGAUUGGGCGAAGGCGCUCCCAGGGCCUGAGGGGGCCGGCGAGUGGCCGAGCGUGAAGCGGCUGCCGCGGGCGGGGGCGCGCGUCGGGCCGUGUCUCCCGGGAGAUGCUGUGACGAACCGCACGGAAGCAGCAGCGCCGCGGCGGUGGGCGGCCUGGCCCGCCGGCUCAGUGGGAGUAUGCAAGACUUAACAGCUCAAGUGACUAGUGAUCUCCUGCACUUCCCAGAAGUGACUGUUGAAGCUCUUGGAGAAGAUGAGAUAACAUUAGAGUCUGUGCUUCGUGGAAAGUUUGCUGCAGGGAAAAAUGGACUAGCAUGCUUAGCUUGUGGUCCACAACUUGAAGUUGUAAACUCUUUAACAGGAGAGCGGUUGUCUGCAUAUAGAUUCAGUGGAGUAAAUGAACAGCCUCCUGUAGUCCUCGCAGUGAAAGAAUUCUCUUGGCAUAAGAGAACUGGAUUGUUAAUCGGACUGGAAGAAACAGAUGGGAGCGUUCUUUGUCUUUAUGACCUUGGUAUAUCAAGAGUGGUCAAAGCAGUCGUUCUUCCUGGAAGGGUAACGGCUAUUGAGCCUAUAAUUAAUCAUGGAGGAGCCAGUGCAAGUACCCAGCAUUUACAUCCAAGUCUUCGGUGGCUCUUUGGCGUGGCAGCUGUGGUAACUGAUGUUGGACAGAUCCUUCUCAUUGACCUAUGUUUGGAUGACUUGUCAUGCAGUCAAAACGAAAUAGAGGCAUCAGACCUUGAAGUUAUCACUGGUAUUCCAGCUGAAGUACCACACAUCAGAGAGAGUGUGAUGAGAGAAGGGCGCCACCUCUGUUUCCAGUUAGUAGGCCCAUCAGGAAUAGCCGUUUCUACUCUCAGUUACAUUAACAGGACAAAUCAGCUUGCUGUAGGUUUUUCUGAUGGCUACUUAGCACUUUGGAACAUGAAAAGCAUGAAAAGAGAAUAUUAUACACAGUUGGAAGGUGGAAGGGUUCCAGUCUAUUCAGUUGUCUUUCAAGAACCUGAGAAUGAUCCUCGUAACUGCUGUUACUUAUGGGCUGUUCAGUCCACACAAGAUAGUGAAGGGGAUGUUUUGAGUUUGCAUCUGCUUCAGCUGGCUUUCGGUGAUAGAAAAUGCUUGGCAUCAGGGCAGAUCUUAUAUGAGGGGUUAGAGUACUGUGAAGAAAGAUACACAUUGGAUCUAGCAGGUGGCAUGUUCCCCUUACGGGGACAGACUAGUAACACCAAGUUGCUGGGAUGCCAGAGCAUAGAGAGGUUUCCAUCUCACGGUGACAGGGAAGAGAGUGUGCGAGAAGCUCUAUCCCCUGAUACUAGUGUUUCUGUCUUUACCUGGCAAGUAAAUAUGUAUGGACAGGGAAAGCCUUCUGUGUAUUUAGGACUUUUUGACAUAAAUCGUUGGUAUCAUGCACAGAUGCCAGAUUCAUUAAGAUCAGGGGAAUCCCUGCAUAAUUGCUCUUACUUUGCACUGUGGUCAUUGGACUCAGUUGUGAGUAGGACCUCCCCACAUCACAUCUUGGACAUCCUAGUGCAUGAGCGAAGCUUAAGUCGAGGGGUUCCUCCUUCAUACCCACCUCCAGAGCAGUUUUUUAGCCCAAGUACUUUUAAUUUUGAUGCCACUUGUUUGUUGAACUCUGGAGUUAUCCAUGUAACUUGUACUGGAUUUCAGAAGGAGACUUUGACAUUUUUAAAGAAAGCAGGACCAUCUCUCAAUGAAGUCAUCCCUGACAGCUAUAAUCGAUGUCUUGUUGCUGGCUUCCUUUCACCAAGACUUAUUGAUAUUCAGCCUUCCAGUUUAAGUCAAGAAGAACAGUUAGAAGCUAUAUUGUCUGCAGCAAUUCAAACAAGUUCCUUGGGACUUUUGACUGGUUACAUCAGAACAUGGAUAAUAGAAGAACAACCAAAUUCCUCUGCUAAUCUGCGAUUUGUUCUUGAAUGGACAUGGAAUAAGGUGAUUCUCACAAAAGAAGAAUUUGACAGGCUUUGUGCACCGUUAUUUGAUGGUUCCUGUCGUUUCAUCGACCCACAAACCAUACAGUCCAUCCAGCAGUGCCAUUUGCUUCUUAGCAAUCUUAAUACAGUCUUAAGCUGUUUUGCAAUGGAGGCCCAGGGCAUCACUGAGAGAGGACUGGUGGACUUGAGCAAUAAGCAUAUGGUUACCCAACUUAUCUGUCAAUAUGCACAAAUGGUUCUGUGGUUCUCUCAUUCUGGGCUUUUACCUGAAGGCUUAGAUGAUGCUUUGCAGCUAUCAAGGCUGCGCUACAACUAUCCUGUAAUUCAGAACUACUAUACCAGUCGCCGGCAGAAGUGUGAACGCUCUCCCAGAGGGAAGUGGAACCAUGAUUGCUUGAUGAUUGAUGGACUAGUUUCUCAACUAGGAGAUCAAGUUGAGAAGUUGUGGAAACGGGAUGAAGGAGGCACAGGAAAAUAUCCUCCUGUUAGCAUCCACGCACUACUUGACAUAUAUUUACUAGACAACAUUACUGAAACAAGCAAACAUGCUAUUACCAUUUAUUUGCUACUUGAUAUUAUGUAUUCCUUUCCAAACAAAAUGGAUACUCCCAUUGAAUCUUUCCCAACUGCCUUUGCUAUUUCUUGGGGCCAAGUCAAGCUAGUUCAAGGAUUUUGGCUGCUAGAUCAUAAUGACAUUGAGAAUGGUUUAGACCUUCUGUUUCACCCAGUUACUGCAAAACCUGCAUCGUGGCAGCACUCAAAGAUUAUUGAAGGCUUUAUGAGUCAGGGAGAGCACAAACAGGCUCUCCGGUAUCUUCAGACAAUGAAGCCAACAGUGUCUAGUAGCAGUGACGUUGUCCUUCACCUCACUGUUCUGCUUUUUAACAGAUGCAUGGUUGAGGCCUGGAACUUACUUCGACAGAACUCAAACAGAAUGAAUAUAGAAGAAUUAUUAAAGCAUGCUUAUGAGGUUUGUCAGGAGAUGGGCUUAAUGGAGGAUUUACUGAAGCUGCCAUUUACAGACACUGAGCAGGAAUGUUUAGUGAAAUUUUUACAGUCCAGUACCAGUGUUCAGAAUCACGAAUUCCUUCUAGUUCACCAUUUACAGCGUGCCAAUUAUAUUUCUGCCUUGAAACUAAACCAGACUCUGAAGAAUAUUCUCACGAGUGAUCGGGACCCUCGUUUGCGUGAGAGAUCAGUGGCUCGAAAUUCUAUAUUAGACCAGUAUGGGAAAAUCCUACCUAGAGUCCAGAGAAAAUUAGCCGUUGAACGAGCUAAGCCUUACCAUCUGUCAACAUCGUCAGUUUUUCAAGAAGUUUCUAGACCCAAACCAUUAUCAGCAUUUCCAAAGAAAGCUGUAACUGGAACAGUGUUAACAAGAUCUACUUUCAUCAAUAAUGUGUUGUCUAAAAUUGGAGAGGUGUGGGCGAGUCAUGAACCUAGAAAUGGCGUCUCACUUUACAAUAGUCCUAAAACAGAACAGCCUCCUUCUAUAGCACAUCAGCUCCCACAUCCAGAGCUUCCUGAGGCAUUUGUUGGAACACCAAUUUCAAAAGCAUCCCAAAGACUUUCCAGAUUACUUGAUUUGGUUGUUCAUCCUAUCCCCCAGCCUUCUCAGUGUUUGGAGUUCAUUCAGCAAAGUCCUACAAGAUCUCCUUUGUGUCUGCUAUCCAGUUCAUUGCCUUUAAGUUCACAGUUAAAAAGGCCACAUCAGAACACUUCCCGGCCUUCAGAGUUACUUUUACUUGAAACUCCGCUUGUAGUUAAGAAAGCGAAGUCUUUGGCUCUGUCAGCUACUUCUUCUGGAUUUGCCGAGUUUACUCCUCCAUCCAUCCUUAGGUCUGGUCUUCGAACGACACCUUUAGCAUCUCCUUCUCUGUCACCUGGACGAUCUCUCACUCCACCUUGUAGACCUAAAGAAACUAGGAUUUCAUUCAUGGAAGAAGGCAUGAGCACACACUGGACUGAUCAAGCUGCAGAUGACCGUAAUACAAAAGCAUUUGUUAGUGCAUCUUUCCAUAAAUGUGCACCCCCAGCAGAAACUGAAUGGAUGAAGACCAGUGAUAAAAAUAUGUAUUUUCCUCUGGAUAUCCCUGCAAAGGGCCAUCAGAAAGUGGCUGCAGAGUCACUGGAUAUCCACUCACAAAGUCUGGAGAAACUGGAUGUGAGCAAAGAAGACAGCACUGCUUCAGCCAGAUCAGACCAGACCUCCUUAGAAUACCAUGAUGCCCCCUCACCAGAAGACUUUGAAGAUGGCAUUUUUGUGUCCCCUACCCCAGCAAGCACUUCCACUGAAUUAACUACUGACUCAGCUCUACAGACUGAGAAGCAUAAUGAUAAAGAUCUGUAUAAGUCAGAAGGCACGGUAGAAGUUGCAGCAGAAGGAGUUUCAGAAUUCAAUCGCUUAAGCCCUCUUCAAAGAGUUGAAGCUUCUUUUUGUGUGUCAUCAGUCUGUGAAGGGAAACCCCCAACCUCAAGACCUAAGGCAUCGGUUCUGGAUGAAAUAGUGUCUAUUGAAAGCCGAACCUCCAAUCUUAGAACAGACCACAAUGAUUCUCUUGUUAACAUAGUUGAAGAUGGUGAAAGCUCUGGGCCCAACUUCUCUCAGUGCCCUGUUAUCUCUGAAUGUGGCCUUGACCAGAAACUUACAUUAAAUCCAAAAGAAGAUCAUAAGAUAGAAGCUGAUGUACUCGAAGAGAACGUUGGCUUACCAGAAGAAAAGCCUCACAUUUCUGCCAGCCCUCCUGAUACUCAAGAAAUUCAUCUAAUUGGACGGGAAAAACUUGUUCAAAAUUCAGAGGAGGAGACCAAGAAUCUAACCUUUAGCGAGUUGUAUCCCUCAGGAACGCAUAGACUUCAGUGUAAUGUUGACACCAUUGAGCAGCAGUUCUGUGACUUGCCUGAUGAUAAAGACGCCACUGAAUGUGACAUCGCUGAAGUAGAUGGGGAGCUUUUUGUGGCUCAGAGUAACUUUACCUUGAUAUUGGAAGGUGAAGAAGGAGAAGUUGAGGCAAGUGACUCUGCAGCACCCAACAUGUUAUUGAAAGCAUCCAAGGAAAAACCUGUGUCCCAAGUGGAACCCGAUAGACAAGAGCAUGUUACCAAUUUGCCAUCUGUUGUAACUGGUGACCAAGAAUCCCACACAGUAGAGACUUUACCCUAUGUCCCUGAACCAAUUAAAGUAGCAAUUGCAGAAAAUUUGUUGGAUGUAAUUAAAGACACAAGAAGUAAAGAAGCAACUUCAUCAGCAGCAGAUCAGGUUGUUCAUGAAGACAAAGCAUUAAUAAGCCCAAAGGUUGCACAUUCCUCCAGGAUAACAAAGUCUACACUGAAGACUGUUCAAGAAGCUAGUGCAAAGACUAUAAAUACCAGUCUGGGUAAUGACAUGGUUUCUACUAGAACUCGCACAAGAAGGCAGCAUGCUCUAAACCUGAACGUCACAACAGAACAGGAGUCCUUGGCAAUUGCCACUCCUAAGAAGAAAACUAGAAAAAUAAAAGAAAUUUGUGAGUCUUCUGAAAAUACCUGUUCUGAUAUAAAAGGAGUACCUGAGAACCAGCUGACAGCUCAGAGUCCUCCCCCUCCUAGGAGAGGAAGGAAGAAAAAGGAAGUCAGCCAGGGUGCACUGGCAGGCUCUGUUGCUGUGGAGCUGGAGCCAGCAACUGAAGAAACACCUUCUAGAACAGAAGGCAGGCUUUCCUCUCUUAGAAAAGGGACUCCUAGAAGAUUUAAGAAAUCUAUAGAAAAUGAGCAAAGUGCAGAAAUUGUAAAUGAUCUAAAAGUUAGUAAAGCAGCAAGUCGUGGUAGAACUAGCAAAAAGCUGAGGAGUGCUAAUUUAGAAGAUUCUCAAAAUACGGAACAUAAACAAGAUGAGGAACCCAGUGACCAGCAACUGCCUCUAAAACGCAAAAGGGCCCGAGAGAAAGAAGUCAGUGUGUCGAGUGUGAUAGAGGAGCCUAAGCCUGAUUCAUCCCAGUUGCCUCUUCCAGCAGGAUUUGCUGUGCCUGCUACGCCUAGGAAAUGUGGGAGACCGAGGAAAAUAGUUCCACCAGAAGCUGCUAAAACAAGUCCCCAGAAGAAAGACAGUCCCGGUAUCCGAAGAUCUACACGAAAUACCCCAACUAGAAAUGUAAGUGCUUUAGAGAAAUCCAUUUUAGUGCCAAAUGAGGAAGCUGCCAUAGUGAUGACUUCUAAGAAAAAACGUACAAAGACUGCAGAUGAGCGCCCAAAAGGAAUAUCAGACUUGGCAGAUGACACAGCCCACAGAAAGCCUGCAGGCCUAGAAGGAAGCUUGCUUGCCACGGCUGCUGUGACUAAAUCUUCCCAGAGCACAAGGACUAGGUCUAGAAAGACCAUGUUGUUGACGGAACUCUCUGAGCCCAAAACUGAGCCUUUGUUUUCUCCUCCUUCAGUGAAAGUUCCAAAGAAAACAAAAGCUGAAAAAAUGGAGACCACUGCCCAGCUGAAAGAAUUGGUGUCAGAUUUAUCAUCUCAGUUUGUUGUUUCCCCUCCUGCCUUGAGAACCAGGCGGAAAAAUGCAUCCAGCACUUCCAAGAUUCUAAAUGAACUGGAGAGUGACCCUACACCAUUAGAAAUCAUAGAACAAAAACCAAAAAGAAGCAGGACUAUGAAGACAAAAGCGAGCAGAAACACCGGAAAAGAAAGUUCUUGGUCACCUCCCCCUGUAGAAAUUAAGCUGAUUUCUCCGUUGGCAAGCCCAGUUGAUGAAAUAAAGAUCAGCAAGCCAAGAAAGACUACAGAAGUAGCAGGAAAAACUCUUGGAAGGGGCAAAAAGAAGCUGUCUUCCUUUCCAAAGCAAAUUUUACGCAGGAAAAUGCUGUAAUUUUUAGCCCAAGAUUUUAACAUGCACCUGUGUGUAAUGUCAUCAGUAUUUGUGUGGAUUAUUAAAAGUCACCUGAUUUGGAAGGAAAUAAUUUAUAUAAAUUGUACAAUUUUGUAAACAAGUAAAUAAGUAACUCCAUAUGGAGUGCAGUUCUUCUAGUCCAGGCGUUUUAUAAUACUUCAUACGUUUAUUAUAGUAUGUAAAUAUGGCUUAUCAUUGGGAUGUUUAAUAAACUACUGUAAAGUACACAUUGUGUGUCUGUUAGAUUUUUGAGAGGGGAAUCUCUGUUUUAGUUGUAAUUUUAUAUGCUACUAGACAUUUGUCCAUUUUCUUUCUCUAUAGUUACAAUAUUAGAUACCAGUUUUAUGAGGGUGAUUGACUAUUGAGUAUUUUUAACAGUGUUGUUUUAUAAUUUAUGCACUUUGAUCCUGUUACUCAGAUUUCUAAUCAUUACAUGUACUCCUUGGGCUUUGCCUGAUACUCUGUUACAUUUGGAUUGUGGGCAUGUGAUUUUGCCUUUUUGUAGUUUUAAAAUUUUUAUGUAAUCUACCUCAAAUGAGUAAUUUUCCAGUAAUGCAUUGGUUACCUAUGCUGGCAUUUCUCGUUCCGACUAUCUUGUCUCUCAAUUGAGAGACUAAUUAUCCAGGUUAGACUGACCGGUUUCACUGCUUCUUAGCAACCUCAUGGAAGAUUUGAGAAAGAAACAUAAACAGUGCACCUGGUGUGUGCCUCGGGUUUAGAAGAGGAGUCUGGAUAAAGUAUAGACUGUCGGUGCUGUGGAAGAGCUUGCUACUGAAUCACAGAAGCCUCUUAGCAUUCAGGUUUUAAAACUGACAAUUACCACAGGACCUCAAGCACAGACUUUUGAGAAUGGAAGAAUGUGAGUAGAUGUGGGAAAGGAGAUACAAAAACCCUUUUCCGCAGUAUGCGUGUGCACAAUUAAGUAAUGGCACUUGAUGGAGGCUAUGAAAUUCAUCAAUAAAUAAGUGUUGUCAAAUAAUUGAUGGCAGGUAAUUGAUAGUGUGUAAUGAAUGGGCCCUUAAUAAUUGAUACCUAGAAACAGACUGCCUUGUCAGCUAAGCUUUGGGUGUUUCAUGUGAAGUGCAGCCGUGUGUUCUGUAUGUUAUUUUUCUACCAAAUAGCACCAUGGAUAUUGAGAAAGUGGGGGAAAUGCCUGUGCUGAGCACAGACAGAGUGAGAGUGGCGGUACGGGUGCGGCCUUUCAGCCAGGUCAGUCCAUGUUCAUUGCCUUGUUGACAAUUACUGCCUGAUUUUAUUAAUUUUUUAAUAAUAGUUACUGAAUUUGUAUUUAAGCUGCUUGUCAUUUAUGAAAUAUUAAAUUUAUUUAAAUGAAAUUUGUCAAAUGAUUAACAGAUCUAAGUAAUUUAGUAAACAUUUAAUUUCAUUCCUUGGUACAAGUAGCACAAUAAACAAAACUGACC